ACAUCAUGUUCUACAUCACUGCAAUCAAGACUGAUUACUAAUAAAACAAUGUGCUUAUAGACAUAAGACAAAAACCAGCUGCUGAUUUAAUGGUAAAACUUCUACAAUGGCAGAAUAUGUCUGCGACUACUGCACCCGCACGUUCACCAGAAAAUACAACCUCGAAACACAUAUAGAGAACUGCCACAUGAACUCCACAUGCUACUGCGAGAUAUGCGACACGAGGUUCGGGAGCCUGGCCGGCCUCCAGCUCCAUCUCAGCCGAGGACACAACCGCUUCAUGCAACCUUACCCCGAAUGCGACAUCUGCGGACGAAUCUUCACUAGAAAACAAAAUGUUGUCUCACACAUGGUCACCGUCCACCUCCAAGGCGUCGGGCCUCAGAUACAGUGCCCCACUUGUGGCAAGACUUUUACAACGGAAAGGAACUUGAAAAGACAUGUAAACCAACUACAUAACCCCGAUGUUCAAUACCCAACCUGCGAUUACUGCAAGAGAUCCUUUAAAGGCAAACACUCCCUCUUAGCUCAUAUACAGGCAACUCAUAACAUUUUGAAAGGAAUUAUCAAAUGUCAUCUAUGUGAAAAAGUAUACACAAAUAACAGGAAUCUGAAGCGACAUAUAGAAAUGUAUCACGGAGAAAAAGGAGAGUUCAGAUGUACACUGUGCCCUAAAGUUUAUACAUCGAAUCAAAGCUUGCGUCGGCACGCCAGAACCAGGCAUAAUACAGACCAAGAAUAUAAAACAGACUUUAAUAUGGAACAAGAUCCUGCUGAUUAUUAUAACUAUGAUUUCAAAGUGCAGCUUCAAGAAUUCCAUUGCGAAUAUUGCGAACAAUUCUUUGAUGACGAACCUUCUUUACGCCGACAUGUCAAAUCCGAUCAUACUUUUAAGAUGUUCUACGAGUACUGCAGAAAUUCCUUGCUAAAACAGAUGGGGAAGAGUGAGAAAGAAAGCUUUUAUAACUGCGAGAAUUGCAAUAGUGUGUUUAACUCUGUCUAUGAACUUAAAGAUCAUAUGAGAACCAGUCAUGAUAAAGAAUAUUCGCUGUCAACCUGUAACGUUUGCUUCUCAAAAUUCUACAGCAAAGAAACCAUGUUUGAGCAUAAAAAGAUUUGCCUGCCUCCGCCAAACGUAAACCACUGCAACUACUGCGACAAAUUAUUUACAGACAUCUCAAGUCUAGAGUUUCACAUCAGGAUCUUUCAUCCACAAGCACAAAUAGCUGACAAUGAUGUGUCUUCGACUAACCCGGAAGACACUGAGGCUGGCUUUAAAUGUCCUCACUGCGAUAGGAUGUAUUACAGUGACCGCUCUUUAAAGCACCAUAUGAAACUAAAACACACUACUGAUGAAGUUGUAGCUUGCGGAUUAUGCGGAAAAAUCUGUAACAACAAAUAUUAUCUAGCUUCACACAUCAAAAUUGUACACAACAACGACUCCUGGUCCAAAUGUGACUAUUGUGAGAAACAGUUUAAAUCUAAAAGGAAUAUUCGUCGUCACAUCGAGUACACACAUUUAGGCAUGCAGCGCUACAAAUGCAUCGAAUGCGAGACACUUUUUAAAGAAAAACGGAGCCUCAGAAAGCACGUUCGGACUAAGCAUCCCAACUCAACAGUAUUCCCGCAGUGUCAUAUCUGUUACAAGCGCUUCGAAUCCGCGAAAUCCUGCAAGAUUCACCUCAAGCUACUCCAUUCUUUCAACAUGAACACAUACCCCUGCGAUCGCUGCUCUGUAUCAUUCAGUUCCAAUGAAGCGUUAUCAAUCCAUCUCCAGACGAAACACUUAGCUAAAGACCAGAUCUUCAAAUGCGAAUCGUGUAACCUAGUCUUUACGGGACAGGAGAAAUUCGAACAACACAACGAAAUAUUUCACGUAGUACCGAACGUAACGCAAAAGAUUUUACCCUGCUGCGUAUUAUGUAUGAAGGAUUUCAGUACAAGAAAAACUUUAAAGCGGCAUAUCAAGAAGUUUCAUAACGAUUUUGAUGCGGAGGAACUAGCAACAUAUGGUUCUAAGAAACGCAUGUUUAAUGUCAAUUGUGAAGAAUGUAUACAGAAUUUCAACAACGAUUUUUACUUAGACAUAUAUCAGAAGCUUAAACAUUUGAAAGAUUCUAUCGUUUUUAAGUGUGAGAGCUGUUCAUCUUCUUAUAACUGCUUGGAAUAUUCUAUACAGAGGCAUAAGACGACCAAUAUGGAAGCAUUUAAGAGUAAGAUGAUUUUAAGUGAGUUGUGUACUGCGGAGAUGAGCGACGAGGCUUCGAAUAGUGGUCGGGUGGAGUCUGUGGAGGCGGAGAGCACUACGGGUGAUAUAAAUGUGAAGGAUGAACUUAUGGAAAUAGAAGAUAUUGUGAAGACUGAACCUAUGUCGCCAUGAUUAUGAAAUACAUAAUUA